UACUGAGAAUCUAUAUUGUUUACUUUUUUUCAUCCUGGUAGUGUAGGAGAAACGGGUUCCCUUUUUAGCAGUCAAGUGUUUCUUUUAUUUGGAAUCUGCCAGUAAAACAAUAUCACGGCAUUUCUUUGAAAGUGCACUAUACAAACAUUAGCAAAAUAAAAUUAAGAGGUACUUUACUACAGUGAAUACUCCAAAGGCCACUCAUUCUCGUCCACAGAGCCCGUCCUUUGUUUUGGUCAAUCCGAGUGGCUCUGGGGACGUAUAUAAAUAGAAACUUUUUCAAUUCCUGGUCAUUUUUAUUAUCCUCUUUAGAAAUGUUUUGUCCUUAUUUCUGCAUAAUUUAUGGCUCUUAUCCAGACUUUGACAUGUAUUUUCAAAUAGUUUUUGGAGCUUUCUUUUCUUAAGGUAGCAGUAACUGUGUUACAGAAAUUUUACAAUUUUCUGGCCUUGAAAACUCAAGGUCAUUCUCGUUGAGGGUCGUAAAAUCCUUCAAGUCGGGACAAACGAGAUGACAUGUCGUAGGGUAAUAUUCCCUCAACGUCUUUCCUUGAGUGCACUGAAUGGGAUGAUGUUACUCUGUAAAUCCAAAAGAAUUGUCUACGUGGGGAUUUUUAGUUUUUAAAUUAAGGACGAUGAGAUACAAUGGAGGCUGCUCUACCAGACUACCAGUCUUUCGAGAUAAUUCCCCGGACGAGCAUUUACUCACCAGUUCCCUUCUCGGCCCGUUCACCCCUAUGUAUACCUCUAAUACUAUAUAACAAACCUCGACUUGACUGACUGAAAAGGGAAUCUACUCUUAACUGUAAGGCUCAGGAUUUGGACCACGGGCUGAAAAAAGUCCAAGAGAGGACUUGAAUAGAUAUUCAGUUGAUAGGGCUGUUUUUUUUUUUCUGAGAUGGCUGCACGAAGGUCUUGGCUAAAUUUUCACCUUGGGACUAGAAAAAUCCUCUUACUUUACAGUGUACCAUUGUAUUAAAUCUUUACACAACAGCUUUGAUCAGCUGCUUUAUUGUAGUUAGUAUUGAAGUAAUUGACCUACUUAUCAUGCAAAUAAACCAGACAAACUGACUAUUUACAGCCGAUAGGCGUCUUAUGUGAGUUAUAAUAUAAUUCCCAUUAAAUAUCGUCUUUUUUUUCAAGGAGGCCGGAAAAUAAAUUUGAGCUUCUGUAUGGGUACUUGUGGACGUCGAUUUCGGCCUUCCGUUUUUCACUAAAUCGUUGGUUUUUCGGGAGAAUCGAUGCAUAUCAAGAAUUUUUUUGCGUGGUAAUCCGGCUGGCGAGCACACUUUUUGGCAAGUUUCUUUGUCAUUGCAAGACUUUAACGUUUUCAUGACUUGAUUGAAAUGGCAAUGCUUUAAUCUGUGUACAGACGCCCCUUUCCCUUCGAUUUCGUCGCAUGUAGAGGCUAAAUUUAAGUGUACUGAGUAUCACAAAUUGGAUGGGAGUGUGGGCCAUUUCGGCUUUUAAUUUUCUAAUAAGCCGUCAUUUUGUCAAUUGUCGCCAAAAUUUUCAGCAUGUAAUAGUGGCACCUCUCUCCCAAGGCUCUUUUCAUUACCAAUCAUUCUUUAUUUUUUUGGGGGAAGCUACCCCCCACCCCCCCCUUACUAGCCUCUUGCCUUCCCUCCCCUGAAUAUAGCCCCCCCCCCCCCCACUCCCCGUUACAAAAAACCUAGCUACGGACCUGCACGAAUGAGCAAAAUGCAUGGUUUUAAGCUAACAGAAAAGUUAAACUUAACAAAUAAAGGUAUCUCUUUCUUGGAAUGGACCGAGAGGUUAAAGUUAAAACAAGAGAAAAUGGUGAUCUUAUUGCCCUGGAAGUGAGUUCUGUUACUACAACUGUAACAGAACUCACUUCCAGCGCAAUAAGAUCAUCAUUUUCUCUUGUUAAUAGGGCUACGGUUUAGUAAACUAGGGCAUUUUAUUUUUUGAAAGGGCUUUUGAUCUGGUUUUAACGUGUUUGUGAUCUGAUAUUAGGAAAACCUGCUAACAAAUGCAAAACAUGGAUUUCUUGUUUUUGCUUACAGGAUCACUAUGCGCGCGCCAUUAGUUGGUCUUAUUUUCCUGAUUUGCAUCUUGGCAAUUGAAGCUAAGUCUAGAUGGAAAAAAGGUAAGAAAUAUAUUAAGAAUGAAAUUUAUUGGUCAAUUGAUUCUAAAUGAACAUGCCUCUUCACUUUGGCGUGUGUUCCGAUCAAGGGGAAUAAAGCAAGUGGCUGAAGUGGCUUAAUGAAUAAAGUGAAGGGUUAUUGCUGAACGCGAAGCACCUCAAUACUCAACCCUUCAACUUCAGUACAGUAAAACCCCGUUAAUACGGACACUGAGGGGACCAUGGAGAGUGUCUGUAUUAAGCGGGUUGAAUUUAGAGAAAAUGUGAGGGCUUUUUUUCCUCAGGGACAAAGCAAACUGUCCGUAAAAAUGAGAUGUCCGUUGAGCGGGGUUGGACUGUAUUUCAUUGAUUUUUGAAGCGAUUUAUUUUGUUAGACAGUUUUCUUUAAAAUUGAUUUUUCCAUCUUCUUUUUUGCUCAGAAAAAGCUGGAGUGAGAGAUCUUGAGGAGGCACUGGAAGAUCUAAGGAAAUCAGGUACACUGAUCAGGGGAACUUGUCUUCUGUUGUCUCCCCUUCUAUAAUCAUGAUCAUUCCCACCUUCAUCAUCAUACGAUCAGCAUCAUAAUCCCGAUCACCAUUGUCGUCGUUUUUAUGGCUAUCAUAGGAAUAAUGGCAGGAGCCUAUUUAUCUCUUGUAAUAAUAAUAAUCAUCAUCAUCAUCAUCAUCAUCAUCAUCAUCAUUAUAAUUUUCAUCUUCAUGACAAUCCUUAUCUUGCUAAUUAAUGUCAGCAUCAUGUCUUUUCGGAAAGAUUAAAAGUAAAUACUAUUUGCGUUUGUACAAUAUAUAAUGGAUAUAGUUAGGAGAUGAAAGAUCCUUCUACCAUGUGAACGCAUCUAUUUCCGUUUCUACUCCUAAUCAACACUAUGUGAACCCAUAAAUGAAAAUCAAUCAUUUAUCAUUUUUUUUGUAUUUUAAAUUAGAAAUUACUUCUAAAGGAAGCAAAAGAACAGGCCACCUUAAAGAGACUUUGAAAGCUCUUACCGAGGAAGGUAGGGUCAAAACUAUAGGAAAAUGA